AUGGCUACCAUAUUAGCUAUCUAUAAGAUACCACAGCUCCAUCAUUUUCUAAGGAUAAUUUUGUUCAACAACAGCGCAGGGGACUCUAUACAGUUCAAUGGCAAUGGAGAAUUAAUUGCAGGUUUUGAUGUUACAAACUGGAUAACAUUCCCAAACAAUUCUUUUGUGAGAAUAAAAGUGGGAAGUCUGGAUCCUCAGGCAUCUCCAGGCAGGGAGCUCACCCUUAGUGACGACCAGAUUGUGUGGCACAGAAGCUUUAACCAGGUGGUGCCCCUUUCUGUGUGCAAUGACCAGUGCCAUCCUGGCUACAGCAGGAAGAAAAAGGAGGGCAAGAAAUUUUGCUGUUAUGAUUGUGCUCCUUGUCCAGAAGGGAUGAUCUCAGACCAGAAAGACAUGGAUUCCUGUGACCUGUGUCUAGAAGACAGUUACCCCAACAACGAUCAAAAUGAAUGCAUUCCAAAGGGUAUCAGCUACCUCUCUUACAAUGAACCAUUAGGAAUCACCCUAGCCAUCCUGGCUGUUUCUUUCUCUCUGAUCACAGCUUCGGUGCUUGGAAUCUUUAUAAAGUACCGCGACACCCCCAUAGUCAAAGCCAACAACCAGAACCUCUCCUACAUUCUCCUCCUCUGUCUCCUUCUUUGCUUCCUUUGCUCCUUGAUCUUCAUUGGGCAGCCUAGAAAAGUGACCUGCCUUCUCCGACAAACAGCUUUUGGCAUCAUCUUUGCUGUGGCCCUUUCCAGUGUGUUGGCCAAAACCAUCACUGUGGUUCUGGCAUUCAGGGCAACCAAACCGGGAUCAAGGGUGAGGAAAUGGGUAGGGAAAAGAGUGGCAAAUUUUAUUGUUCUUUUAUGCUCCUUUAUUCAAACAAUUAUCUGUAUCUUUUGGUUAAGUACAUGUCCUGCAUUUCCUGACAUGGACACACACACCCUGAAUGCAAAAGUCAUACUGGAAUGUAAUGAGGGCUCUGCUUUCAUGUUUUACUGUGUCCUGGGCUAUUUGGGUUUCCUGGCCACUGUCAGCUUCAUGGUGGCUUUCCCAGCCAGGAAGUUGCCUGACAGUUUCAAUGAAGCCAAGUUUCUCACCUUCAGCAUGUUGGUCUUUUGCAGUGUAUGGCUGUGCUUUGUCCCUACCUACCUAAGCACCAAGGGAAAGUACAUGGUAGCUGUGGAGAUCUUCUCCAUCUUGGCCUCCAGUGCUGGCUUACUGGGUUGCAUUUUUUUCCCAAAGUGCUACAUCAUUGUCCUGAGACCAACGAUGAACAACAGGGAGCAGAUAAUAAGGAGAAAAAAUUGA